GAGGACAGCGCCGCAGGGAGAGGACGAGCCGGGCAGGCAUGGAGCGCCCCGUGAGGGUGAGGUCAUGGGUGCGGGAGAACCGGGCCUCCUUCCUGCCCCCGGUCUGCAACAAGCUCAUGCACCAGGAGCAGCUCAAGGUCAUGUUCAUCGGAGGCCCCAACACCAGGAAGGACUACCACAUCGAGGAGGGGGAAGAGGUGUUUUACCAGCUGGAAGGGGACAUGGUUCUCCGGGUCCUGGAGCGAGGAAAACAUCGGGAUGUGGUCAUCCGGCAGGGAGAGAUAUUCCUCCUGCCCGCCGGGGUGCCCCACUCACCACAGAGGUUUGCCAACACCACGGGGCUGGUGGUUGAGCGGAGGCGGCUGAAAACCGAGCUGGACGGGCUCAGGUACUACGUAGGGGACUCCGUGGACGUCCUGUUUGAGAAGUGGUUUUACUGCGAGGACCUCGGCACGCAGCUGGCCCCCAUCAUCCAGGAGUUUUUCAACUCUGAGCAGUAUAAGACAGGAAAGCCCAUCCCUGACCAGCUGCUCAAGGAGCCGCCGUUCCCUCUGAGCACUCGCUCCAUCAUGGAGCCCAUGUCGCUGGAGGCCUGGCUGGACGGCCGUCGCAGAGAGCUGCAGGCGAGCGCAUCCCUCAGCCUGUUUGGGGACACCUAUGAGACCCAGGUGAUCGCCCAUGGACAAGGCAGCAGUGAAGGCCCGAGGCAGGACGUGGACGUGUGGCUGUGGCAGCUGGAGGGCUCUUCCGUGGUGACCAUGAGGGGGCAGCGUCUCAGCCUGGCCCCGGAUGACAGCCUGUUGGUGCCAGCUGGGACCUCGUAUGCCUGGGAGCGAGCACAGGGCUCUGUGGCCCUGUCUGUGACCCAGGACCCCGCCCGUAAGAAGCCACUGGGGUGA